AUGGCUACAAACAAAUUAAUGGGGACGGAUAUAGACAGAUUCAACAAAGUGCACACCUGGUUCAAGCCGGGAGACUACAUUAGUUGCAUCGGGUACGCUUCAAGAACCAAAACUGGUGAGCUUACAUUAAAAGCCAACAGCCCCAUUGAACUAUUAACCCCUUGCUUACUCAAGAUGCCUAACAAAUUGACUGAUAAGGGUAUAAUCAACAACAACCGUGUUCUCAACUACUUGGUCAACCCGGAUUCGAAACAACCAAUCAUUAUAAAGUCACGGAUCAUCCAAUGCAUACGACAGUUUUUGCUUCAACGUGAUUUUUUGGAAGUGCAAACACCCAUAUUAAGUAAUGAAGGGACGGGGGCUAAUGCCAAUCCAUUCAAGACAAAAUUCAAAGACACCGAGGUUCAAUUGAGAGUGGCGCCUGAAUUGUGGUUAAAGAAAUUGGUGAUUGGUGGGUUUGAUAAAGUGUUUGAAAUUGGCAACAAUUUUCGUAAUGAGGGAAUUGACCAGACUCAUAAUCCUGAAUUCACAUCGUGUGAAUUUUAUCAAGCAUAUACUAGUUUAGAAGAGUUGAUGCAAAUGACUGAAGAGUUAUUAACAGAGAUUUUCAAAACAUUCAAUAUGACUUCCAUUUUAGAAAAAGCAAAGUUUCCCCGAUAUGAGUUUUUGCCAACUUUGGAACAAGUCACGGGCGUACCGCUCAAUGAUUUAUCGUUUGAUGGUCUUUUGCAGUACUACAAGCGUCUUGAUCUACAAGUACCGCCCAACCCCAACCCCACCAGCUUACUUAACAACUUGAGUGAAGUAUACUUAGAAUCAUUGAGCGUUUCAAAACACCCAAAUACUCCCGUGUUUAUCUACAACCAGCCCGAACUCUUAUCACCAUUGGCGAAAUCAUCCUUAGUCAAUGGUACUACUCGCGUGUCAUCACGAUUUGAAUUGUUCAUCAAUGGUAAAGAAUUCAUCAAUGCCUAUGAAGAAGAAAAUGACCCGUAUCAACAAUUUGCCAAGUUUAAACAGCAACAAGAAAGUAAACGGGAAUUCAACGAUGAUGAAAUGCUUAUUCCUGAUUGGCAAUAUGUUCAAACAAUGAAAUUGGGAUUACCGCCUACUGGAGGAUGGGGGAUUGGAAUUGAUCGAUUGGCUAUGUUUAUAAGUGGAGUCGAGAGGAUUGAUAACGUGUUGCCAUUUGGUAACUUGAGAGAUGUUUUAAAACAAUAG